CAUGUCCAGACCCUGAAGAAGCAGCAGUACCGCUUCAGCGUCAUCAUGAACGAGCUGCAGGCCACCGACAACGUCCCAUACAUGGUGACGCUUAUGGGAACCAUCAACGUUCUCCUACUGGGACAUGAGGACCUGCGCAAGAGACACCGGCUGAGACAGGAGUUCAUUGGGCUACAGCUCCUGGAUAUGCUCCCCAAACUGAGAGACACGGAGGACGUGGACCUAAACAUCCAGUGUGAUGCAUUUGAAGACUCCAUGGCUGACGAUGAGGAGGAGAUGGAGAGACUGUACGGAGGGAUCGACAUGAGCAGCCAUCAGGAGGUCUUCACCUCGCUCUUCACCAAGGUGUCCAGCUGUCCGUCCUCGGUCCAGCUGCUGUCCAUCCUUCAGGCCUUGUGGACGGUGGACCCAGAAAGGGCCGACCUCUGGUCGGCUCUGGAGACGCUGACGGAUCGAGCCGUGCUGCUGGCCCAGGAUGUUGAUUUAGGCCCUGGUGACUCUCUGCUGGAUAGGCUCCUCCCAAAAUCUCUCUCAUCCAAUCAAAAGAUUAGGACUGUGGACAGAGCGGUGCAGACCCAACCCCUCAGCGUUACUCCUGGCCAAUCAGAAGCCUCAGCAGCUCCAAAACAUGGUCCGCCCCCUGCCACAGCUUCCCCUCCCCCUCCUCCCCCUUUGCCCGGGAUGGGGGCUCCUCCCCCUCCUCCCCCUUUACCCGGGAUGGGGGCUCCUCCCCCUCCUCCUCCCCCUUUACCCGGGAUGGGGGCUCCUCCCCCUCCUCCUCCCCCUCCUCCCCCUUUACCCGGGAUGGGGGCUCCUCCCCCUCCUCCUCCCCCUUUACCCGGGAUGGGGGCUCCCCCUCCUCCUCCCCCUCCUGGGGGAUUGAUUGCAGCGCAGACAGUUGGAGUUCUAGGUGGCUCCUUUCCCAACCCCGCCCACCACUCCAGCCCCGCCCCCUGUCCUACCCUGAGGAUGAAGAAGUUGAACUGGCAGAAGCUCCCCUCCAGAGUGGUCACCGAUCAUCAGUCUCUGUGGACGUCUUCGUCUGACUCAGUGGAACCAGAUUAUUGCAGCAUCGAGCAGCUCUUUAGUCUCCCUCAGACGGAAACAAAAAGCAGAACCAAAACCAAAAUGGAGACCAAAGAGAUUUCCUUCAUUGAUGCCAAGAAGAGCCUGAACCUCAACAUCUUCCUCAAGCAGUUCAAAUGUCAAUGGAUGACAAUAGAGAACCUGAAGAGCCACCAGGCUGACAGAGGGAAGCUUGCCUCAGUGGACCAGUUCUACCUGCAGCUGCUGGAUGUGCCCAGCUACGGGCUAAGGAUCGAGUGCAUGUUGCUGAUGGAAGAGAGCAGCUGUUCGCUGGAGACACUGAGAGCCAAAGCGGAGCUGCUGGACCGAGCCUGUCAGAGUGUGAGGGAGAGCACCCGGCUGCCCAGCUUCUGCAAACUCAUCCUCAGUGUUGGAAACUUCCUCAACUAUGGGACGCACACGGGGAACGCGGACGGCUUCAAAAUUGGGACGCUGCUCCGACUGACGGAAACUAAGGCCAACAAGUCCAGAAUUACGCUGCUGCACCACAUCCUGGAGGAGGUGGAGGAGGACUAUCCUGACCUGCUGAACCUGCCUGAUGACCUUCUGAUCUGUGAAAAGGCUGCUGGUGUGAACAUGGAGGUCUUGAAGUCUGAAGCUGGAUCUCUGAACCAACGGCUCCAAAACUCCAAGAAGAAAGUUUCCUGUUCCUCCGAGGACCUGAAGGAGCAGUACCUUUUGGACAUCCAGGAGAACCUGCGGUCCUGUGAGCAGCUGCAGCAGGUCCUGUCUGUGGUUGAGGAGCGCAGGCAGGACCUGGCCGACUACCUGUGUGAGGACAUCAGCAGCUUCUCCCUGGAUGAACUCUUCGGGACCAUUAGGACCUUCAGAGGACUGUUCCUCCAAGCUCUCAAGGAGAAUGAAAGCCGCAGAGAGCGGGAAAGGAAGAGGAAGCAGACAGAAGAGAAGAACCUGAAAGGAGAGUCUAACAACAAGAAAGUCAGGAAGGAGGUGAACCAGAAGGACGAAGGCUGCAUCAUUGAUAACCUGCUGGCGGAGAUCAGGAAGGGCCACACCCUGAGGAAGACCAGAACCCGGUCCCAACGGGGCAGCAGAGACCGAGUGCGUCAUGCAACCAUGCGAAGGACGAAGGCCUUGGAUGAGCCGGAUACCUUGGUUUCCGGCCAAUCACUGAUGACCUCUGGAAUGGCCCCCAUCCAAGAAGCUCCGCCUUCCAAUCCAGAAUACUCUACCCAUUCAGGGCAGCUGUCCGAGGCAGCUCUCUGCUCUGCUUCCUCUGAAACCAACCUAACUGUGGAGGCAUCUGAAACACAGGAGAUCCCUGAAGCUUCUUACUCUGAACCGGGACCUGAUACCGGAUUAGCUGGGGCUCCUGAAGAAACCCUAGAGAUCCAGAACCUGCAAAAACCUGCUACCACUAAAGCUGCUGAUGCUGCAGAGAAGAUCCACAGCGACAUUUUAGAGUCUUUGGGGGACUCUGGUGUGGACGGUGAAACCCGAAGUCCCAGAGGAUUUGAGGAAAUUCAGCCAAACUCUCAGGGUCCAGCACCAAGCCGAGAGCCAGAUGAAGGGUUGGACUUUGAGUUCAUCACUUCAUCAGAAGUGAGAGGAAUCAGACCUGAAAACAGCAAGGAUCCAAAUGCGAAACCUGGAAGAUCAUCAAAGAGGACCAAGAACCGUUCAGCAG